AUGGCUCUUCAACGCCCAGGGAUGUGGAGCUGCCUUAUUCUCAUCUCCCCAGAUAAAGUCGUCCUUGAGUACGCUCUCCACUUCAAGUUCCACUCCUCUAACAAUGUCGCUGAGUACGAAGCACUCUUAGUUGGCCUUCGACUGGCCAAGGAAAUGGGUGCCAAACAACUUCAGAUAUUCAGUGACUCACAGCUCGUUAUUCAUCAAGUCAACCAGGACUUCACGGCCAAGGACACCUCUAUGACGGCAUAUCUCCAGCUAGCCUUGGCCUUGGAACAGGGCAUAGGCCGCAGCAUCCACAUUGAAUUCCUAGAUCAACCCAGCACUCAAGCACCACUUAUCUGUACCAUUGAUCAUAGUCCUACAUGGAUCGACCCCAUCCUUCAGUUCUUGCAAAACCAGACACUACUUGAUAAUUUCGCUGAAGCACGACAUGUUCGUUUUCGCUCUGCUCGAUACCUAAUCAUCAAUGGCGCUCUGAGAUUCAUGAGGGCAUCUGCGGCAAUCAUUUGGGCGCUCGCUCACUAG